AUGGUGCUAAAAGAAUUGGAACCGCUUAUCGAUAUUGCAACUGAAGGCGACGGAAUGAAACUAGGACUGAUCCAAACAAAUCCCGAUGGCACAGAACAUUGGCAACCAUACGAGGAAGGGAAAGACCUUGUCUCUGAUCUCUUGAUAUACAUAUGCGUCAAUACGGACUUGUACGGCCUGGUUCAGCAUCCGGUAACUAAAAAGAUGACGUAUGCUCGAGUGCUGGACAAUAGCUACUGCGAUAAAGAAAAUACACUGGCCAUUCCCGGGGAACAAGAACGCAUCUACAGUCAUUCAGCGGAAACAGAGGAGUACCUCAGCAGAUUGAAUGAACACACGAACGAUAUUAAUUUGAAAUAG